AUUGUUAAAACGUUAUUGUUAUUAAAAAUUUGUAUUGUUAAUAUACAAGACGUGCAAUUAACUAAUUGUGAAAUUGCUAAUUGCAAUAAUUUCAAAUUGUAUGCAGUUACUAAAUUUAUUUUUCUUACAACUAAAUCGUUAUCAAGUGGUACAGUAUGAAUGAGCUUAUUAUCACUUACUACUACUAGUACUUACUCUAUGUCAAUCAUAUAAAAGUAAAAUAUGAAAUUUGAUGGAAGUGGUCAGAUAAAUUACAAUACCGACUGGUAGUAAGGGUAGUAAACGUGUAUUAUUAAUGUGAUUGGCUUAUUGAUACUUGAUAUAGAAGAAGCGGAGUACGUAUUUUACAGAUCCUGGUUCUAUGAAAUUUAGCAAGUUUUCAAGGUAACUUAGAAGAAAACUAUAAAUUAUGAAAUAAGUAUUGAAUUAAAUUACAUAUUAUAUCAAGUAGCAAGUUAUGAAUUUGAUGCAACUGAUCACUGUAAAUAGAUAGUACAAACUAUAGACAAAGAUAUUUUAUUUAAAAAUGUAAUCAUUACUCUUUACUCUUAUGAUAAAUAUAGUUACCCAAUUUGAAGUAAAAUAUUUCUUCAUAUAAAUAAUUUAUUAAUUGAAUACCAAAGAAAAAUGGAGACAGUUAUUAAUAUCAAGAAAGAAAAAGAUGAUGAAAUUCAGUGGCCUUUACCAAUUAUAUCAAAAGAAGAAAUAGAUUAUAGCAAUUCAUUAAAAAGAGAAAUCAAGGAGGAAGAACAUGAUUUGAAAAAUUCAAUUGUUAAACAAGAGCGCAACAGUAAUAACUCAAACCAAGGAGGAACCUUUAAGGGAGAAGAGGCUUAUAAAAAUGGUAACGUACAUACUGUUAGAGAAGAAGGAAAUCUUGUUGACACUGCCAAAAAUAUAGAAGCUUUUGAGGUAAGAAGAAAAGAAAAUAUUGAAAAUAAUUUUACAGCUGUCAAAAUAGAAUUAGAGAAUGAAGAUGCUCAAAUUUCAUUGGAAACCAUGAUUGGUAGCAUUAUAGUUGAUGAUGCUGAAGAAAUUGCAUCUCAUGAAAACAACUCACAAAAAGCUGUUAAAAGAAACCCAAUGGAAAACUUUCCCUUCAGAUGUAGGAAUUGCGUUUAUGGUACCACAGUAGAAAAAAAUUUGAUAUGUCACAUGAAAUACUUUUGUAAGUCCAAAGGUAAUCCAAUUGAGAAGCUUCCAUUCAAAUGCAAUGACUGCUCUUAUGCAACCUCAUUGAAAAAGAAUUUGGUAUCUCAUAUGAAAAAACACAUAGGGCCUCCUAGGUUUCAAUGCAUUAUUUGCGAUUACUCUGCCAAGCAAAAGAAGAGUUUGAGAAUGCAUUUGUUGACUCAUGCCGGCCAACGUCCACUGAAGUGUGACACUUGCGACUACAGCACUGUAAACAGACAGUUGCUUCAGCAGCAUGUCUUGUUACAUCAAGGAAAAAGGCCUUACCAAUGUAAAUUGUGUGCUUACAGUUCCAAUUUCAACUCUGCUCUGAGAGCUCACAUGUUCACACAUAGUGAUUACAAACCUUUCAAAUGUCCAGUGUGUGAUUAUCGGUGCAAACAGAAGUGCAAAUUGAAGCCGCACAUGAUGCGACACACAGGCUACCGUCCGUUCAAAUGUCCCAUGUGUGACUUUCGAGCAGCAACUCGUCAAAACUUAUCGAAUCACGUGGCGUACCACAGUGAUGAAAGGCCAUUCACCUGUACUCUCUGUGAUUACAAGGCUAAGGUGAAGAAUGAAUUGAUGAAGCAUAUGAAUCGUCACAAUAACAACAGGAAGUUCAAGUGCUCUUUAUGUGAUUACAGUGGAAUCCGUAAAUGCUACUUGACUUUACACAUGACAACCCAUACUGGAAAAAGAGAAAGGCCUUUUAAGUGUCCCCAUUGCGAGUAUGGUGCUUACACUAAAUUUUUACUGAAACAGCAUAUAUUUACGCACACUGGUGAUGCACCUCUUAAGUGUUCUCAUUGUGAUUAUCGUUGCAGGCAGAAAACCAACCUCAGGAGCCACCUUCUACUGCAUGUUAGCGAUGGCAAACCAUUCAAAUGUUCUAAGUGCAGCUUUGGCACUCUCACAAAAGCGGGACUUAAGAAGCACAUGCUGGUUCACACAAACAUACGCCCAUUCCACUGUUCCAUUUGUGAAUACAGAGCUAAAUCGAAAUCUGAAAUAGAGGUCCAUUUGAGAACUCAUGCAAGACAGGAGUCCUUCAUCUGCUCAACAUGUGGUUAUCGUGCUAUUAGUAAACAACGCCUCAUCAAUCACAUGUUCAAGCACACAGAUGAAAGGCCAUUCCAGUGUUCAGUUUGUAGCUACAGCGGCAAAAACAACUUUAGCUUGAAGAUUCAUAUGUUGAUCCACAAAUAUGAGAAUCUCUACAGGUGCCCUUUUUGUGACCACACAUCUCUCACAAAAGGACGUUUGAAGACACAUAUUGAGACACACACCAAAACUGAGAAACGUUUCAAGUGCACAGAGUGCGCGUAUGAGGCACGGCUCAAAAUCAACCUAAAAUACCACAUUGCCAUGCAUCACACCAAAGAGAGAGCAUUUAAGUGCAAAGACUGCAAGUUUACUACAGUAAAUAAAGCCCGUCUCAGGCGGCACUCAUUGAAACAUUUGAUGGAAAAGCCACUCAAGUGUUCUUUCUGCGUUUUCAGGACCCAAAGGAAGGAUUCACUGCAGUGCCAUCUGGCAAGACACAGAGGGUGGAAAAAUACAAAGAAAACAAGCACAACACCAUUAAGUACAAAUUAGAGCAAAAACAAGAAACAAAACCAUGUUCAUUUAAUAAUAAAUUACUAUUAGUUUUAAGUAUAGAAGAUUUAUUUUAACAAGAUUGUUAUUAAUUUUCUGUUGGUUUUUCAUAUGUUUAUUAAAAUAUAUUUAGUUUUAUCAAGUGGUUCCUAUAGUUCAGUAAAUUGUGUUGAUUUAUUGCUUUUUUUGUUAAUUGUCUUUUAGUUAAUUACCAUCAGCAGGUAAUAGUUAUAGUGGGUUUUAAUAUUGCUGAUAUGAGAUGUAUUAGAAAAUGUCUGUUUUCUUUAAAAAUGUAAGGAAACAUAUGAUUUUAUUUAAGAUGAGAAUAAUUUACAUGUUGAAGAUUUAAAUAUUAGAGCAUGCCAAAAAUAAUUAUUAAAGUUAAUAAAAUUAUUUGCAAAUUUUAUUUUGCACUGUGUGAAAUAUUGCCAGUUUAAUUUAAAAGCUUACCUUGAGUAUUGACAGUUCUGACUUUGUCACCUUACUGAAACAUUCAGUUUGAUAUUCAUCCCUCCUGAGACCUUCAUUAAGAUAGAAAGUGUCAAAGUGAAAGCCAGGCAGAAGUGAUUAGGGGUGAUUAACUCUUGUAAACGUCCUGAGGGUAUGUUAUAGCAAACAUUGUCAAAACACAAAUCCCAAACAACUCUUUUCUCUUGAGUAAUAUAAAAGAGCUUAAAAUAUUAUGUACAGAGUGUAAAAUGAGAAAUUUGAAAGUUAAUGUGACGGAAGAAUAAGAAUAAUGUUUCAUAUGCCCUCUAUCUUACUUUAUUUUUGUUUUUGUUAAAAAUUCUAAUCUCAUAAUCUGAUUAUGUAAAAAAUCUUCAAGUAAAAUUCACAUAGUUCAUGUUUAUUUCCUCAGUUAUUUUUCAAUCGAGUCUCAUAAAUGAGGGUUUAAACUUUUCCUUUCUACACAUCAUUUAUUUUUGAGCAGUAUUUGGUUUUUAUAAAGUGUGCCAUCAAAGUCUUAAAGGGCAUUUUGAAAAUAGUUUAAAUAUUUUUUAAAUCUUUUAUACAAGUUAGGCCCUAAUCAAUGUUAAUAACCAUACAAAAUUAUACUUCUGUCACUUUAAACUAUUAAUAAUAAGUUAUUAAAUUUUCUACCUAGGUCUUAUAUAUUGUACCUGUCUAUAAGGUCUUGUUUAUGCGUUACCAUGUUGAUUAUCAAUUUCCAGAGUUUUGACAUCUAUUGAAACACCUUGUUGUGUUAAAUUUAGAAGAACUUUGUAACUUGAUUUUUUAGCUUGUAAAUAUAAACAUUGUGAAAUGCAAUGUUUGAUCUAAUGGUGUAGUAGCCUACUAUUUUAUUAUGAUAUGUUGAGAGGUAAAAGACAUUACUGUAUAUAUAUAUAUAU